AUGGGUAGUACAUUCUCUUCCACUACCGAUGAUCAUCAUUCGACUUUCUAUGCAACCUCUGUAUCAUCAUCAGUAAAAUCUGAUAUUCCUUUCGAGGCGGAAUCAUUACGGCGUGAAGCACAUCAAUGUAAAUCUGAAGCGGAAGCAGCAUCGCGGCAAUCUCAACAUGAAUAUCAUUCUGGACGUAAAUCAGAAGCAAAAGCAUUGUCAAAUCAAAAAAAAGAUCUGUAUUCCCAAAUGGAUGAGAAAAAUGAGCAAGCUGCGGCAUUGAUUUUCCAGCAUUUUAAUCAAAAUCUUCCAGAGCACUUCAUCGAUUUGCACGGCCUUUACGUUUUUGAAGCAUUGAAAUAUUUACAACAAAAAUUAAAUGAAUGUCGUUCAUCGUCUAUAUCACGACUGACAGUUAUUACAGGGAUGGGAAAUCACUCACCACAUAAAAUGGCUAAAAUUAACCCAGAAGUCGAGAAUUUCGCCCAUAGAAACAAUUUAAAAAUUAUUCCAGGUCGUGGGCGCGUUGAGAUACGCUUGGAUACUGAUGAUCAAUAUGAAAAGGUUGAUUAUCAGGACAGUGAUGGAUGUAUAAUUCUGUAA